AUGGAAUGUGAUGAACCUUUGACAUCAAUCAAUCCAGCAUCUAAUUUAAAUUUGGAGUUAUUAGAACAGGACAUUUCUGAUGAUGACUAUCAAGGCAAUAUUGGAGGCGAAAAAAGUAAUGGUCAGGAUAAUAUGCUUAUGUCAUCAACUAGUGUUCAGGAUGAACCCCAAAAAUCAAAUCCUAAUUUACAUUUCUCAUCAACUUCAAAUGGAGAUUAUUUACCAUUUAAUUUACCAAAAAAUCUUGAAAUUCGUGAAGGUAUGGAUUAUCAAUGUCCAGUAGGAGAUUGGAUGCCAGAUGAUUUUUUCGAAGAUGAGAUUGAGCGUGAAAUUUGUAUCUGGCGGCCAACAAAUGCAGUAUCAGAUUCUGAUUUAAAAGAUUAUCUUUCUAUUGCUCUCAGUCAAUAUAGUAUUGAUCAGGAGCGGGCAAUGUUCAUCUUACAAACGUUAGGUUUUAAUAUCAUAGAAGCAAAAAAUCAACUUGCUAAAAGACGAAUACGAAAAGAGGGAUGGACCAGUCAGGAUGUAGCUUUUUUUAAGAAGUCAUUGCUAACAUGCGGCAAAGAUUUCAAAAAAUUCAAGCACUGGCUUCCACACAAGUCGUUAAAGGAAAUUAUCAGUUUUUAUUACGAUAAGAAAAAUAAACUCGGCUUUCGACGCCUUAUCGAUACUUUUGUUCAAGAAAAUAAUCCUGAGCACAGCAGAUUAACAGAUGAUCAGGACCUGAUUAGCAACAACGGAAGUAGUUUGUGCUCUAAUUGUGAGCAGACUUCAUUUUUGCGUCAAGUAGAGGAUUUGAUGCUCUGUAAUUCGUGUUAUAUUUAUUUCAGAAAUUAUCAUCUUCAUAGACCCCGCAUGAAAUCGAAACGUUGUGGUCAAAAUGCUUUGGAAAAUAUAGAUUGUCCUCCAGGUAUGGUAGAAAUAGUGGAAAGAUUCAUACAAUUUGCAAAUAGAUCAGAUGAUGUACCAGAAUCAUUGCCAAUGAAUGAAGCGACAGAUGAUAGUGAUAUACAAAUUGUCAAUCAAUCGGAAAAAGGAUGCUUUCGGAUUGAAAAGCAUGUUUUAUAUAUUUUAGUUAGCAAUUCCUUGGAAUUUAUUUAA